AUGCACACCCAUGACAACAACCCGUUCGCUGCGUUCCGAAACUUGUUUUCGGAGAAAACCAGUUUAUUUCAAUCAAAUCACGCGCUUGGCCACCCUGGAGCGGUUAUCGGACCUCCGUCUAACGAGUCCGUGAGGCCGUUCAGUCGAUCUUUGCAGUCUUCCUCCUCUCUCUCCGAUUGCCCCUUCACCACCACCAAUCCCCUCCACACCUGUGCCAUGGGCUAUGCCGCAUCUGCCGGCGUGACCGGCGGUCACGGGAAGCCUGCCUACGUGGUGACCAACGCCGACGACUCACUCCCAGUCGGCACCAACGGCUCGCUGCGGUGGGGGUUAACGCGCGCCUAUGCCGCUUCGGGAACCAACGGCAUCUACAUCACGUUCGCAAAGAAAAUUGACGUUUUGCUCCUUGGGCCGCUAGCGGUGCCGUCAGGCACGACAAUCGACGGGCGGGGAGUUGCCGUCCGGCUGUUCGGGUCGUCCGUCGUGGUUCGGAACGCCCGGAAUGUCAUUGUGCACAAUAUCGAAGUGCAAAGCGUGCAGUUCCCCAACGUGAAUAGCGGCGUGAGCAUCAUCGACAGCACGGUUGUGUGGCUGGACCACGUGCGAGUGCGCGACGCUGUACCGGGGGCAGUGGAGGUCGUUGGCACCAGCGCGGGCAGCGCCGGCAGUGUGACAAUAUCGAACUGCCACUUGAGGAACGUGCAUCUGCCCGGUGUGAUGAUAAGGGGGCCUGGAGCGGGAUCCUCCCCGCCGAAAAGCCCAGACUCCUCGAAAGCGCCGAGCGCGCCGAAGGCGGCGAGCCCACCUGGCGGCGCGAGCAGCAGCACCAAGAGCGCCGGCGGCGGCGCCUCUCCUCCGCUGAGCGUGACGCUUUUUCGGAACUGGUUUGACUCGAACGACAACUCCAACCCCCAAUGCGCUGCCGCCACGUGUCACCUCGCGAAUAACCUGCUGUCGAAUUGGCGAACAUGGUGCAUCCAGGCAAAGCUCACGGCAAACGUCCGGUCAGAAGGAAACAUUUUCCUUGCCGCCGGGCAGAAAGACGCGGCGCGAUCUGACGGUUCGUCGAUGGUGUCACUAGGAGACAGGCUCGGAAACGGCGCGGUGUUUAACUCCCAAGGGACGGGCGUGGUAUUCACUCCCCCGUAUUCGAUCACGCUCGCGGCGCCUGACACGGCGCUAGAGAGCUUCAUUCAGCAGUCCGCGGGCCCACGCGUCAUGGCGCGCCCGCCCAUGCAGCCCUCCGCGCCCCCUGCUUCCCCGCCGCUUUCCCCCAAAUCCCCCCCUCCACUGCAAUCUCCGCCUCCCCCACCCGCGCCCCUCACUAAUAUCAACAUGAAUCCUCCACGUUCCCCGCGCACCCCUCCUCAGUCUCCCCCGACUUCUUCUCCGCCACCACCAACGAACUCUCCCCCAGUUCCCGGCGUUCCCCCGUCCGCGGAUCUUCCAGAGGCGCAGUGCGCGUUCAAUACGGAUUUGCCGCUGCACAAUUGCUCUCUAGGGUUUGCGCGGGGUGUGCUGGGGGGAUACGGGCGCAGCGAAUAUGUGGUUACCAACGCCAGUGAUAGCAUAAUCGCGCCUGUGGAGGGUUCGCUAAGAUGGGGUUUGCAGCAGUACAGGGACGGAGUGUACAUUCGGUUUGAUUCGUCUUUGACAAUUAAUCUCAAAGGAAGACUAUUUAUAUCAUCUUACACAACGAUUGAUGGACGAGGAGGGCAGAUUCGGAUAAUGGGAGACACAAUCGUGGUGCAAUCGGCGCAGCAUGUGAUUAUACACAACAUUGAAGUGGGCGAGGUAGACCAAGCCUCAUUCGGCACGCAGGAUGGCAUAGCGAUCAGAGCCAGCAGCACGGUGUGGGUGGACCACUGCCUCGUGCACAACGCCCCCAUGGGAACCAUUGACCUCCUUGCCUCCUCAGAUGCCGUCACCGUCUCAUACUGCCACCUCUCCAACUACCUCCUCCUGCUCGCCUCCGCUAAUGCCACAUCAGCACCGGCCCUUGCUGACCCGACAAGCCCAGGCAUGGGCACAGGCACAGGCGUGGGCACGGGUGGGGAUGGGGGUACUGGAGAGCCUGAUGCGGCUCGGGUUACGUACUUUGGGAAUUUCUUUGAGGGGCCGUCCGCGCCGAUGCUGCACUGCCAGGCGUCGCUGUGCCACGUGGCAAACAAUCUGUUCGCCAACUGGACCGACACGUGUAUUGUUGCGCGCGGAGGCGCGUCGGUGCGAUCGCUCAAUAACGUGUAUGCCAGCACGGCUGCGGGGGCGGCGGGGAUUGUAACCGCGAACGCGGACGGCGCGAGUUACUUUGUAACGAGCGGGGAUCUGCUGCGGAAUGGAGUGCGGUUUGUUGCGAGUUUGCCGCCCGGAGUGAGUGGGAGUGCUGACAUGCCCCCUCUGCCCUACUCACUGCCAAUAAGCAAAGCUGAUUCGAGUCUUCCAGGCAUGAUCAAGGGGAAUUCAGGGCCCCAAUUCUGA